AUGCAGCACUUUGGGAAGGCAGCUCUCCGCGUCACCAAAAACUAUACAAAAGGGUACUCAGAUACGCAAGCAAAGGUUCGCGAUGCCACAUCCAAUGAUCCAUGGGGGCCGUCGGGCACCCAGAUGAACGAAAUUGCACAGUUGACGUACAACCAAAAUGAUUUCAUUGAAAUCAUGGAGAUGAUAGACAAGCGUUUGAACGACAAGGGGAAGAACUGGCGCCAUGUUUUCAAGAGUUUGACAUUACUGGACUACUGUCUUCAUCAGGGCUCAGAGAAUGUUGUCAUUUACUUCCGCGACAACAUCUACGUGAUCAAGACCCUCAAAGAGUUCCAGUACAUCGACGAGGAUGGCAAAGAUCAAGGGGCUAAUGUGCGACAGAAAGCCAAAGACAUAACCAACCUACUCCAGGACGAAAAUCGCCUACGCGAGGAAAGAAGAACUCGGGCAUCGAUGCGAGAUCGAAUGAUUCGUGGUGCUAAUGGCAUGGAAAACGACGAACCAAUGGACGAAAACGCGAGCAGGAGGACCGGAGGGUUGGCUGGUAAACGGCCUAACCGCGAUGAAGAUGAACUCAGACGGGCGAUUGAGGAGAGCAAGAAGUCACUCGCCCAGGAGCGACUAAACGCUGAGGAGAGGGAUCUGCAACAAGCGCUCAAACUUAGUAAGGAAGAGGAAGAGAAGCGGAAGCAAGAAGUGGAAAAUUCCAAUGCUGCGUCUUUGUUCGACGACUCUAACCAACUGCCUCCUCCUAAUGCCGUCAACAACAAUCCUUUCCCGCUCGUCGAUCCUACGCCAUAUGCCGUGGGCCUUCAGCCACAGUUCACCAUCCAGCCGCAAUUCACUUCUAUGCAACCUCAGUUCACCGCGUUCAAUCCAUACCAGCAACAGGCUCAAGCAGAACAAGAGGCCGCGCAGGCCGAGUACUUGCGUCAGCAACAGUUAUUCAUGAUGCAGCAACAAGCUCAGCAGCAGCAACAACAGCAACAGGAGGCUUGGAUGCGUCAACAACAGCUUCUUCAAAUGCAGCAACAACAGCAGAAUCUUUUUGCACAGCAGCCGUUGCAGGUUCAGCCUACCGGAUUCGGAAACAACAACCCAUUUGCGCCGACCUCCCCAGCAUCACUCUCACCAUCACCACAUCCAACAGCACAAACCUCUCCUACCUUUAACCUUGGUGGUACCUACGACAAUCACUCACAGUCCCAACUCUCGUCUCUAUCUUCUUCUCCCCAGCCGCCAUCUCAACCCCAGUCCCAGGCCUCUAAUCCCCGUCCAUUCCAUGUCAAAACGCGACAAAAUGAGAACGAGGCGUUGGCGGCUCUGUUUGCCGAUCGCGAGGGAGGUCAGGACACAUUCGGCAACGUUGGUGCUUUAAGGUACGGCUACACCGAUGCCGGUAAAUCGGUCAUGGUGAUGCAAAAGACUGGAUCAGGACACAAUCCUUUUGCUAAGCCACAGCAGCAGCAGCAAACCAAUGCCGAGAGACCAUUCUUCGACAUCUGA